AUGAUCAAGCUACAGGAUCCAUUGCUGGGCACAGCUGUUGUUGAGCGCGAUGGAACCCGUCAGGUCUUCUGCUUUGAGACACAUGCGUACUAUGAGGGGGUUGCAAAUCAAGACGCUCGAUUCACCCCGCCGCCUGCGGACCUCACGCGGUCUGAAGUUUGGAUUUUGAGCGGAAAACGUGGCACUGGCCAUCCAAGCCCUUCGCGGCGACGACGGCGGAAAGUGGUGGAACUUAGAUUCCGCCAUGCCGUGCAGUUGGAAGCCGCCUCGGCCCGACUUCAGAGAAGGAUCUAA